AUGUGCGAUACAUGGAGUAGUGGCAAGGUCGUCAAGAGGAUUUCCCUAGGUAAGGGAAGAGGAAGGUAUGUUGGGACUAGUGCAGCAUGUGUAUGCGAAUACAAGAAGGGAACUCGUGAGAGUUGCUCUGAGAGUGCGAAUGGGUCUCUCAGUCGUUCCGAAAUGGAUAAAGUGGGUUUUGGAUCGGGGAUCCAUGGGCAGUACAGAGAUCGUGCUUCAGUCGACAGAGCAGAUUCAGUAGGUCGGCGACUUCGUACUCCUGAAGGUCUCUUCUGGAAAGGGGGUGAUUCGAUCCAGGAAGAGGGGCAAGUUGGGGCCCCGGGGGGACUCGGCGAGUUGGAGCCAGACUCGCCGAGUAGGAUCGCAGACCUGGUCGCGGCUUCGCGACUGGGCUCGACGAGUCAGAUAGGGACUCGGAGUUGUUGUGCAAAGAAGAGAAGGGCUUGGCUAAAGGAACAGCAAGGGGGUCACAUUCUGAGGAUUGGGGACACAGAGAGCACAUUAUCCAGGACCCUUGGAGGUCCAGAAUACCCCCAUGUCUGUGCAUCUCGGGAAUUGGUGAAGACUCGGCGAGUGGAGUCGGGGUGGCCCCGCGAUUCUUCCAGGAGUAACUCGUCGGGUCAAGGAGGAUACUCGACGAGUAGAAGGGAAACCUUAGAGGAUUGGAGGACGACUAGACUCGCCGAGUCGCCAGAGGAGCUUGUAGCUCGGCGGAUCAAGUACGAGGGAUUUCAGGAGUUGCUAACUUUCCGUAUCCGCGAGGUGAGUCUUCUCACUAUACUGUACCCGGAAGGGUUUGACUGUGUGACCGGAAGGUCGGAUAUGAUAUGUGUUAUAAGUGCUAUAAAUGGAAAGGUAAUUGCUAUGCGUGCUAUGAUAAAUGUAUUAUGUGUUGUGUAUGUUUAUGGGCCGGAAGACAAAAUGUUAUGGGCCGGAAGGCGAAAAUGUUACGGGCCGGAAGGCGAUUAUGUUAAGGGCCGGAAGGCGGGUUGUGUUGUGGACCGGAAGGUUCUUACAGUAACACGGGAUGGCACCGGCUCGAUUGUACACACCAGAGGAAGAGUCAAAUUUUGGAGGAUCCUGGAGAAGAGAACCCUAGGUAACUACCCGAAGGAAACCAAUGCUGGUCCCAGUCAAAGAUACGAGGUAGACAGAGGGAGCCAGUGCAUGGAACCCGAGAAGCGUCUUUUCCUCGUGUUCGUCAUGCUAAUGCACUCAUAA